GUGAAUCGCCAGUCCUCCGGCGGGUUACCAAUGAAAAUGCCAAGCCCAACCGGGUCAUACUUCUGGCCGGGUCAUACCGCGAGAUAUAUCCCCGACAGUGACGUUGUUGUUCUGGUUUGCUGGUCCUAUAGGGCCUUAGCACGACGAUUUACCAACUGUCUAUUAUAACAAGGUUUGCCAACUUCGAUGAGGGAGGGGCAAUGAUGAUUGCGCGCCUUAGGUUCCCGUACUUAUAGUCCUCGUUGCCCCGAAGAAUAGAGACGAAAGGAAGCGGUGAAAGAAGAAACAAAGUACGUGGAUCAAAGUGAAAAUCACAUAUCUACUAAGUCAAAACGUCCAACGAGAACGGAGACCAAGAGGGACAUGAAAUCCAUUAGCAGCUCUAUCAGUUAUUUCAUUAUUAACAUUCCUUAACCAAUAGAAAAAGGAAAGAGAUCACAAGGGUUAUCAGUCUCCAGACGCAAUUUUGGUUUAAUAGUACAUCCCAAUAGAGGACGACCAUACUUGUACAUGGAUGUAAUUUCUAACCUUGAUGUUUGGUGAAUAGAUCGAAAGCUCUUCUCGCAAAAAAAAAGGUUAUUUGACCGAAUAUGCUUCUAAUUCCAAAGAGAAAAAAAAUUCGGAUUUCCCCCCUUGUUUGCUCCCAGAGAAGAGCCCAGACCGUGUCCAAUAGCGUCUGCUACUCGGGCCAACACUUUUCUCAGAAAAAAAGAAAAGGAGCUCGGGCCAACACUAUCGCAAGAAGCGGCCCAGCAACUGACCCGGCAGUCCGCUCCGAUAGGAACAGGGCAAAAACAAAAAAAAACUUAGCAAAGCCGGUCUGACAACGUCUGAAGCAGAGGAGACAGGAUUCAGGAACCCGCGAGACGAAGCAGGAAGCCAGAGGCGCUCUCCAGUCCAAGCAUGAGGUCGUCGAUUAACCGGCCGCCGACGCCGGACCAGGACGAGGAGGAGGAGGAGGAGGUAGGGAAGGAGGCUUCUCUCGGAGAUAUCAUCAACCUCAAGUUGGUAGAGAGCGGCGAGAAAGAGCGGCUGAUGGAGCUUCUCCGGGAGCGGCUCGUCGAGUGCGGCUGGAGGGAUGACAUGAAGGCUCUCUGCAGGGCAUAUGCAAGGAAAAAGGGAAGAAAUAAUGUAACAUUAGAUGAUCUUAUUCAUGUUAUUACUCCAAAAGGAAGAGCCUCGGUGCCCGAUGCGGUGAAGGCGGAGCUGCUGCAACGCAUCCGAUCCUUUCUGAUGUCUUCCUCGCUUUGGUAGCCCAUGUAGCAUACCAAUCGGAAGUCGCGUGUAGGAAGCUUGAAGCAUCGAUCUUGAACGUGUCACACUUCAGGGAAGCAGCAAAUAUCAACAUAAAACGGAUCUGGUGCUGUGGACGUGUUUCCUGGUCAGGCAUGUGGUUGGCCCUGUUCUGUGACUGCACCAUCACCACACUGUAUUUGUAGCGCUACAUUGCACGGUCGCUUCGAUGCCACUUGGUAAUCUUAAUUAGAGAACUCGGAAUCAAUGCGUCUGGUAGUACUACUCGCGUGUCUCAUGUCAAACCUGAUUGAGUGAUCCUCAUGAGGGACCAACAAGAACAGACGCCACUUUUGUCAUUGUGUUGUGAAGGCCUUAUCUGAUACUAGUAUUUCCUGUGUGCUGCUUUA